AUUAAAUUUGAUUUUAGUUGACGAGACUGAGGUUUGGACAUACGGAUUUGCACUCCACUUUGGCACUUGCUGCUGAGCAUGGGGACGGGUGGUGUGACUUUUUGUAAGUCCCUGAGUCAGUGGAAAAUAUGAUCAUGGCGUGGUGUACCGCAGAUAUUCGUUGAAAUAUGGGAAGCUGUUUAGAGGGAGAUCUGAGGUGCCUGGCAGGAUAUUCUGGCACCCGAGGCAUGGGUCGUGUCAGUCCCUGGUGAACUUUUCAUUCGAAGCGGGUUUGGGAGUUCGGAUCUGAUCCCUGUCUCUCUCCCUUCAUACUCCGUUACAGUAGGUGGCAGUAAUGCUUCUUCCUGAGAGCUGCAAGCCGCCAUCAGCACAAAAGAAGAAAGAGGAGGUUAGAAACAGCAAAGAAUGUGUGUAGGGGAAUCUCAAACACAACAACAAGGGAUUCUCUCAUUCAGCCAACCUGCUGAGACCCCAGUGGAGAGAGAGGUCAUUCACCUGUUCUGUGUGUAGGAAGAAAUUCACUCACUGAGCCAAACUGCAGACUCACCAGUGAGUUCAGAAGGGAGAGAGUGUUCAACUGUUCCGUGCAUGGGAAGACAUUCACUUGGUGAUGUGAUCUGCUGACACACGUGUGAAUUCACACUGGGGAGAGGGCAUACAUCUGCUCAGACUGUGGGAGGGAAUUCACUCUGUCAUCCCAUCUAAUGGCACACCAGUCAGUUCACACUGGGGAGAUGCCGUUCAUUUGCUCAGAUUGUGGGAAGGGAUUCACUCGGUCAUCUCAGCUAAAGGUCCAUCAGCGAGUUCACACUGAGGAGAGGCCAUUUGCCUGCUCAGAUUGUGGGAAGGGAUUCACUCAGUUAUGCAACCUACAGGCACACCAAUUAGUUCACACUGGAGAGAGGCCAUUCACCUGCUCAGAUUGUGGGAAGGGAUUCACUCGGUCAUCUCAACUGAAAGCACACCAGCGAGUUCACACAGGAGAGAGGCUGUUUACCUGCUCAGACUGUGGGAAGGGAUUUCCUUAUUCAUCUCAUCUGAAGGCACAUCAGAGAGUUCACACCGGGGAGAUGCCAUUCACCUGCUCAGACUGUGGGAAGGAAUUCUCACGAUCAUCACAGCUGAAGGUACAUCAGCGAAUUCACACUGGGGAGAGGCCAUUCACCUGCUCAUACUGUGGGAAGAGUUUCUCUCAGUCAUCUCAUCUGAAGGCACAUCACCGAGUUCACACUGGGGAGAGGCCGUUCACCUGCACAGACUGUGGGAAGGGAUUCACUCUGUCAUCCUACCUUCUGGCACACCAGUCAGUUCACACUGGGGAGAGACCGUUCAUCUGCACAGACUGUGGGAAGGGAUUCACUCGAUCAUCUCAACUGAAGGUUCAUCAGCAAGUCCACACUGGGGAGAGACCGUUCAUCUGCUCUGAUUGUGGGAAGGGAUUCUCUCGGUCAUUUCAACUGAAGGCGCAUCAGCGAGUUCACACCGGGGAGAUGCCUUUCAACUGCUCAGAUUGUAGGAAGGGAUUUCCUUACUUAUCUCAUCUGAAGGAUCAUCAGAGAGUUCACACUGGGGAGUGGCCGUUCAGCUGUACAGACUGUGGGAAGGGAUUCACUCACUUAUCAAGCCUACAGAGACACCAGCGAGUUCACACUGGGGAGAGGCCGUUCACCUGUUCUGUGUGUGGGAAGGGAUUCACUCACUCAUCCAGCCUACUGUCACACCAGUCAGUUCACACUGGAGAGAGACCAUUCACUUGCUCAGACUGUGGGAAGGGAUUUCCUCAGUCAUUUCAACUGAAACUACAUCAGCGAGUUCACACUGGGGAGAGGCCGUUCACUUGCACAGACUGUGGGAAAGGAUUCACUCGGUCAUCCCACCUUGUGACGCACUACCGAGUUCACACUGGGGAGAGGCCGUUCACCUGCUCUGAAUGUGGGAAGGGAUUCACUCAAUCAUCCCACCUUGUGGCACACUACCGGGUUCACACUGGGGAAAAGGUUUAAAUAAGCUGCUUCCUGGAUGUUUAACCAUCACAGUCGCUGAAACCAGAUGCAAAGUGACUGUUGGUGUUGAACUCUGCAAUUAUUGCUGCUGCUCAGCACACCCAGUUCUGCACCCUGGUCACUGGGCAUGGGAGGAGUUUCUUCUGCUGAUGUUCACCUUUAAUGGGACUGGAGUCUAAUAUUCUGGAUCUGUGACUUUAAACAUUGUCUCAGGUGCUUAGUGAAUCUCAACACACUCAGUGUACAGUAGAGAGUCAACUCAGCCCAGCUGGUCCCUGCCAGAGUUUCUGUUCCAUGACAGUCCUUUUAAAUUUGUUUCUGUUCACUUCUCGCUCUCCCUGUGGUGAAUAGUCACCACUCUCUGAGUGAAGAGGUUUCCCUUGAAUUCCCUGCAUGACUUUCUGCAGACUGACGAAGGAGCUGACUGCAGUUACGUCUGACAUGUUCUUCAUCCCUCAAAUCUCUGCAUUGAGGCAGAAUGACAUUGGUAGUUAGCCCUCUAGUUUAGCAAUCAAUCGUCUGCUUGUAUUUUAAGUUGUCUUUGUAUGCAUAACAAUUUAAUAUGCCUCCAGUAGCUGUACAAAGUAUAAUUAUGAAAGUUUCUUUGUACUUUAUCAAGUGAGCAAGUGUUUUCUCAUUGGUUGAUUUUUACUGAGUAUUGCCUAAGUGUUUUCUAAUUGGAUUAUUACUAUCUAUAGAUUUGAAUGGAAUUUCUUUUAUCUUUGGAGUUAGCAGUUUUAUGUUUGGUGUUAUCUUUACUUUCUCUCUGUUCUUUACGUAUUAGACCCCUAUCUCAGUUCUGUUCCUGUUUUAUCACUUUGAAUAAAACAAUCAUGAA